AUGGAAAGCACACUUCCACGUAAAACGACAUCUGGAAGGAAUCCUCCGACGAGAAUUGUCGAUACUAACCAAGUUGUCGAAUUUACCGUGUGCAGUUGGAUAUUGACGAUAUUAUCAUAUAUAUUUGUGGCCGUUACACUUCCACUUUCAGCUUGUUUAUGUAUAAAGGUAGUUCAAGAGUAUGAGCGUGCAGUCAUCUUCCGACUUGGUCGAUUAAUGCCAGGAGGAGCAAAAGGACCUGGUAUCUUUUUUAUACUGCCAUGUAUUGACUCGUAUAAAAAAAUUGAUCUCAGGGUGGUCUCAUUCGAUGUUCCUCCUCAAGAGGUACGUUUCCUAUGA